GCGCGCACUCUAGCGACAGACUACAAAAGUACAGGACAAUGCGAGCGUGACGUAAUGAAGAUGGCGGGAAGGGGGUUGGCCGGUGGCGUCGCGUUGCGUCGCGUCUGUUUGUAGCCUGACGCGGUUUUAUCCUCGUCCUUUAGUUCUCAUCUUGAACAAGAAAAUAACAACCAUGGAUGCAGGACCGAUGGUGAAGAUUUGUGACAUCAACCCCCACAUCGUGUGUAUCCUGUGUGCUGGCUACUUCAUCGAUGCCACCACUGUCACAGAGUGCCUGCACACAUUUUGUAAGAGCUGCAUAGUGAAGUACCUACAGACCAGUAAGUUCUGUCCCAUGUGCAAUAUCAAGAUCCAUGAGACCCAGCCACUGCUGAACCUGCGCCCAGACAGGACCAUGCAGGACAUCGUCUACAAGGUCGUGCCUGGGCUCUGGGAAAAUGAGGUGCAGAGACAAAAAGAGUUUUAUCGCUGUCGAGGCAUGGACAAAACAAGAGCUCUAGGUCCAUCAGCCACUGUUAACAGAAAGGAUGUGGACAACUCUAAGAACCACUACUACAGGCACGAUGAGCAGGUAUCCAUGUGCCUGGAAAGACACAGUACCUGUGUUGUGUCAGAGUCAGAGGAUGAAGAUGAGAUUAGAACUUACAUGAAGCCAUUGCAACAUAAAUUUAUUCGCUGUUCUGUGCGGGCGGCAGUUGUACACAUCAAAAAGCUCAUAGUCAAGAAACUUGCAGUACCACGGAGACUGGAGGUAGAGGUGUUAUGUAACGGCAGAGUUCUUCCCAAGUCUGUCACCAUGAAGUAUAUCUGGUUGUCCCACUGGCAGGCAAAGGCUGCUCCCAUGGUGCUCCAUUACCGCCUCAGGCCGAGAGCACUGACGUCCAAGAGCGACUCAAGCGGCUAACUACAAAUGGGGCGGAUCUGAAGUUGUGCAUCAGAGGGAGAGGGGGGCAGGCCCUUUCAAUACACUGCAUAAGGGACUGGAGCAGAGAAGUUCUUGUGGACUGACUCAUCAUGUUUUUCUUUAGGUUUAUGUCUAGAAUGUAAAAUGGUAGGAACUUUGUGUUUGGUCAUAGCAUAUACAUAUAGUUCAAGAUUUUAUAGCAUAUAAAAAAAUGUACAUUCAUGAUGAAACAAUCUCACUGUGCAGUUCAUCACUUCAUUGAUGUCAGCAAAGAUGUACUUAAUCAUUGGGUUAUGUGAAGGUAAAUGUAUGAUGACAAAGCAGGCAUCCCUCUGUUUAAUUCAUUUUGAAACUACAGAUCCAUUGUGUUUGAUGAUGUAUGUUAUGUUGUACUUACAACUCAUUGUACUCUUCAGUAUAUGAAUAUGUCAGAAUAUGCAAACAUAGAUUUAUCUUUGCAAAUCAUUAGCAUAUUAUUAUGUCUUUGUGAGCAUACAACAUUUACUCAAGUGAACAUUGCUGGUCGUUCAAAGUUUGCCCUGGUCUUUGUGCUUCCAUUUGUUACACUUCAUAUAAAGUCAUGCAUGAAAUGUUUUUUUCAUGAUGUAUUCCAAGUGUUUUGCAAUACUGACCCAUACUAACAAGGAACCCAUUGUACUGUUAGAGGGUGUGAGAUUAUAUGUGCUGACAAAGGAAGGAUGUGGAUUUUGUAAGAGUUAGAAGACAGUUGCUGAGACUCAGCCAUUGAUCAUGAAUACUGGGGCAUCAGUAGUGGUGAACAUGUAUAAUGGAAAGUUAUUUGAUAUGUUAGCAACUUACAUGAUGAUAUGACAACAAAAAGAAGUUAGAUUUUGUAAGCCAAAUUGUCUUGGGAAAUACACACAAUUAGAAUAUUGCUAACACUUAGGUAGAAUCUUCUUUAUUGUGUUGUUUUGCCUUUUUACAACAAUUGUUCAAGUAUGGCUUCUAUAUUAUACUACCAACAUAUUGUAAUUUUGUAUAUUUCAUGUGCAAAUGCUGGAAUUUCACACUUUAUAUGUAUAGGUUAAUGACCCUGACCACAUCUGAUGUUAAUCUUUGCUUGUUACUCUAUGUAUUACAAGAAAUAUUUUACCAGAACA